UUGCAUGUGGGUUUGAUUUGGGGAUAAGGGCCAACAUAUCUCAUAUGGAUUGGGCAACUAGGUUUGCAAUUUUUCUGCUAAGAUAACGGCAGGUCCGGUUUCCUCGUAUUCCUUGCUUCACUAGCUGUCUGAAAUCUCCAAUUGUUCAUCUGGGUAAGAUUCAAAUACCCAAGUGGUUCACCUCACAAAUAGCUAGAACAAUCUUGAACAUUUUCCUACUGCUUUAACUUCUCUGGGUAACAGAGUUGUUUUGUAUUUGAUUCAUUCAUGUAUUUAUUGUCACCUGUUUCUUCGAAGACACUGCUACCCUUUACGUAUCUUCUUCAAUACAUGUAUUAUAGUUUUGUUUGCAGUUGCAAAUUGAGGGAUUGCCUCAGUUCAGUUUUCCCAAAAUAACUCAUGAUAUAUGUUUCUGCAUUUUGAUAUUUCGAGUUGGUCAUGGGCAUCUAUUCUUGUAACAUGCUCGUUUAUCCCCACUCAACUUUCCCAUUAAUCAAUGAUAUUAGGAAGACCUUUUAUUUUCCAUUGGGAAACUCUAUUUUGCAAACCCCCACAAAUUUUGGAUUUCCCAAAAUCCGUUGUCAAUGGGUUGCGCCCAAUGUGGAAGAGAUGGAACAAACAGAAAUCCUGGUAGAGAAACCAAGGUUUACGUGGCUAGAGAUAGGACCUAACAUCACAGAAGCCCAAAAAAGGACUAUUGCUCAACUCCCUCCUAAGAUGACCAAACGAUGCAAGGCCUUAAUGAGGCAGAUUAUCUGCUUCUCUCCUCAGAAAUGCAGUUUGUCUGAUUUGUUGGCGGCUUGGGUGAGGAUUAUGAAGCCUAGGAGAGCUGACUGGCUUGCAAUUCUUAAAGAAUUGAGUACAAUGGAUCAUCCACUUUAUCUUGAGGUGGCGAAACUUGCCCUCCUAGAAGUAUCAUUUGAAGCCAAUGUUCGUGACUAUACUAAAAUAAUCCAUGGAUAUGGGAAGCAAAACCAACUUCAAGAGGCUGAAAAGACCCUCUUAGCCAUGAAGAGUAAAGGCUUCAUCUGCGAUCAGGUAAUUUUAACUGCCAUGAUUCACAUGUACAGCAAAGCUGGCAAUCUUGAGCUGGCUGAGGAAACUUUUGAAGAACUCAAGCUGCUCGGGCAACCUUUGGAUAAAAGAUCCUAUGGCUCAAUGAUCAUGGCCUACAUCCGAGCUGGAAUGCCCCAGCAAGGAGAAAUUUUACUUAGAGAAAUGGAUGCCCAAGAAAUAUACGCGGGAAGUGAAGUUUACAAGGCAUUGUUAAGAGCAUAUUCCAUGACUGGUGAUUCUAGAGGAGCUCAAAGAGUGUUUGAUGCACUUCAGUGUGGCGGUAUACCUCCUGAUGUUAAGAUGUGCGGGCUCCUUAUAAACGCAUAUGGGAUGGCAGGUCAAAGUCAAAAGGCAGCUAUUGCAUUUGAAAAUAUGAGGAGGGCUGGUCUUGAACCAAGUGAUAAAUGUGUAGCUUUAAUGUUGGCUGCAUAUGAAAAGGAGAACAAGCUUAACAAGGCAUUGGAAUUUCUAGUAAAAUUAGAAAGAUAUGGAAUUAUUCUUGGGAAAGAAGCUUCAGAAACACUGGCUAGGUGGUUUCAGAGAUUAGGGGUAGUAGAAGAAGUGGAGCUUGUCUUGAGAGAAUAUGCUGUAGGUGAAGCCAAUUUCGAAGUUCCCUCUUCCUAGGUUCCAGUCUUUCUUGCCAUAUUAUUGGUCUCAUGUACAUGUGCUUCUUUCAAUUGCCAAGAAGGUUGAAGUGGUAAGAUCAUGAGCUUUUGGUUAUUUUCAUCGUCAUUGUGGCUGCUGUAUGUAUUUUUGCUGAUAUAUAUAUAUAGGUGGUUUUAUCCUCUACAUGUAGUUGACAUAGAACUUUGUGUCCUUGCCUUCCCAACUUCUUGUUGGCUGCGGUAUCCAUAUUAGAGCUGCAACACAGAGAUGGGUUUUACAAAUCCAUGGGGUUUCACUUGACUUGGACUUAAAGUCAAGCCAGUUGUUGUGUCAUUUGCUUCUCACCCUUGGCAUUUGCCCAUUGAGAGCGGAAUUGGUUAUCUCUUGCGCCCCAUUGUCGCGUGCAAGACAAUACAAGAAUUUUGGUCUUUAGCGACCACAAUAUCAGAGACUACUAAAUGUUGUCGCUGAUGACAUUUUCUUGUUAACGAGUUAUCUACGAUGACAUUUGUUGGUCGUCACUGAUAAUCUGAAAUUUUUUGAUAUUAGCAACGACAAAAUUGUCAUCACGGAUGUCUCGUCGCUGAUACACAGGUGGGAAUUUUUUAUUUUUAUUUUUAUUUUUUUGUGCGCGAGGUCCCAUCAAUUUUAUAGCAGUGACAUAUUACUUAUGUCACUUUUAGCGACUGCAUAUUACAUUGGGGAGUAGGGUUUCCUUGCUUUCUCUAAGACAUUCUAGUGUCUUGUCAUAAAUCUGAAUUGUAUGAUUAAAAUAUGCUAGAUUUUACUUAGUUUUUGUAGUUCCUGGGGUGGGUAAAAUAGAACUCCAGUAUACUGCUAGCAAACUAACUUGUGAAGAAGAGCUAGUUGACCUCAAUAUUAAAAAUGAUCUCUAACAUACAAAAGAGAUUUUAACAUGAAUCUUUCUUUUAUUGAGUCUCAUACUGCCUAAGGAGAUUAGUUGACCUCAAUAUUAAAAAUUAUCCUUCAUACCCUGUUCCUCCUGUACCAAUGCCUGCUCCUGCUCCUGCUCCUGUGCCAGCACCUAGCAGUUAUGUACCCGUUCAGGUAAUGCCUGUAUGCCGAUCGAGCUUCUUUUUUUGCACCUUAUUUUGAAUGGUUUCUUUUGAAGUAUGUAUCGCUAGCUGAAGCUGAUUAUUGUGCUUAUACUCUCUUUAUGGAUGGCCCAUACUCUCACUGCUUGUAUCUCACAAUGCAAUCAUUCUGCACUGUGUAGAUGAGUUUUUCCAGGAUAGGAGUGCAGAACCGUGCAUGCAUUUAGUAGUUAAUUUCUAGGCUCUUGGAAUAUACCGUUUGCAGUUGCCCACAUGGAAGUCAUUUAGUCUUUUAAUCUGGAAAAUUUGAGUUAUUUAUUCUUGGCAGAAUAUUUACCUUAUCCAUUAUAAAAUAUGGACGGCUGAAUUUGUAAAUCGACUUGCAGCUGAAUCCAGGAGUUUCUAUAAACAUAAGGCAAUUUCUUCAUGAUGCUCCUGAGACAUGUUAUUUCACAUGCUAUGACUUAUUGCUGAACACAAUUACACACAGGAUGGUUCCCCUCAACUUCUAGAAAGAUUGUAAUGAAUUUUCUGUAGUGGCUGACAUCAUUAUGGUUGCUCCUUGGAGAUGCUUCCCAGCAUACUUGAACUGCAUUGUUUUUGAAAUAAUAAGGUCUAUCUACAGGCUUGCAUA